CCACAACAACUCGGUAAAGAGCAUCAAGAACCGAACGACUGCCAGUGACAACCGAGGCGUUGCUGGCUUUCCUAGGCUUCUUAAAUUCAGUUGCGAAGUAGACUUAAGAAUCAUAGUUACAAGUAGUUAUUACAUAGUAACGAGAGGUUGUUGAAGUGUUUCGAGAAUCAUCGAGAAAAUAAGAAGAAAGGGAGAAGACAGUGGCACCAGAAUCAUGCAAAUCAAGGAUAAGAGAGCGGUCGUCACUGGAGCUGCGAGUGAUCUGGGUCUGUCCAUCAGCAGGGAGCUGCUGCGAAAUGGCGCCUCCAUGAUCGCAAUGAUCGAUAUUCGAGAAUCCGCUGGGAAGCAUGCGAUGGACACUCUGAACACGGAAUUUGGUCGCAAUCGAACGGUUUUCUUCCAGUGCGAUGUCGCGAACAAUUCUGAAUUCGACGUUACAUUCAAGAAAGCUGUGAGCACACUGGGUGGUCUGGAGAUUCUAGUGAACAAUGCUGGCGUGAUUAAUGAAAGCGACUUCUCGAAGGCAAUCGACGUGAAUGUGACCGCCGUGAUACGCGGAACGCUUCUAGGAAUACAACAGAUGCAAAAGUACGCUGGAGGCAAGGGUGGCGUUAUCGUCAACAUUUCGUCUGUGGCUGGUCUGUGCUCGUUAUCGCAGCUCCCAGUGUAUACGACAACAAAACACGCCGUGGUUAGCUUCAGUCGUUCGUUCGCUCAACCCUAUCACUAUCAGAGGACAGGAGUGAGGAUAAUAGUUUUGUGCCCAGAUUUCGCUCCGAUUUCGAGCGAUCUACCCGAAGGGGAACCUUUGAAGAAGUAUCAGCCCCAGAAAAUACAAAGCAUCGCUCAUGGGCUGGUUUACGUGAUCAGAUGCGCACAAAAUGGGAGCGUUUGGAUCAGCGAGGACGGGAAGCCCGUCUAUGAGAUUCAGCCGUGCGAUAGUUUGCCCCAAAAACCCGACGAUUUGGCAACCGACGAAAAAAACGCCAACGGCAACAACAAACGCAGAGGUUCCUCCUCAUCCGACAAGACGAAGGAAAUCGAAGCAAUAAAAGGAAUCGUUUCUGGAAAGAACGUCCUGAUCACUGGCGGUGCUGCUGGUUUGGGACACGCGUUUCUCAAUCAUUUUCUAAUGCACGGCGCUAAUAAGAUAACUAUAUUGGACAUCGACGCGGAGGCUGGGAAGAGGAUAGAGCUGAGGCAAGAGAAGUCCUGCGGGGAGAAGAAGGUGCAUUUCAUUCACGCUGACGUGUCCAAUUACGAACAAAUGACUGGAGCUUUCGAAGAAGCUAUGAGACUGAUGACCGACAUCGAUAUCGUUGUGAACAAUGCUGGUAUCCUCGACGAACGAAGAUGGGAACGAGAAAUCGCUGUGAAUAUUGGAGGGAUGAUUUGCACAGCGUUGCUAGCCGUGAAAUACAUGAGUAAAGACAAUCUUGGACACGGUGGGACAUUGGUGAAUGUGAGCCAACAAAUAGACAUCAGACACACCGCCCAACUUCCGGUCUACACAGCGACCAAACACGCCAUCAUUGGUCUCUCGCAAUCUCUCGCGGAUUCUUAUCAAUACGAGAAGACCGGUAUCCGUGUGAUAGCGCUAUGCCCAGGCUUGACAGAGACAGCGCUCACGGUGGACAGUCCAAACAAAUUACUCUCCAGGGUUAUGAAGGCGGACUUUGUAAAAAAUCUCGAACAAUUCUCGAUACAAACACCAUACGUGGUGGCUCAAGGCCUGAUGUCGGUGUUAAGGCUAGGAGAAUCGGGUAGCAUAUGGGUCGUCGAGAACGGUCGGAGUCCGUAUGAAGUUUACGUACCGAAUCCUCGCACUUUGCGCCGCACUUACAAGAACAACUUCACGUUCGUGGAGACCAAAGCGGUGACCAGAGGUCGUCCGAUAAGAGAGGUCUGCGACAACACGCGAACAGGUCUGAUGAGUUGCGCUUGACAAAGCGAAGACGGGACAUCUAGGUUACAAAUCGUGAUCUUCCAUGUUCUAUAAGAACCCUCGAGGUCGUUACAUAUUGAACGUCCCUCACAGGUUGCGGGAAAUUGGCAAUCUUUGGAAAGUUGUCAAAGAAUGGCUGAAGGGGAUCAUCUUGAAGGAUGGGCAAAAUUCUCGUCUAUUUUUUUAAAUAAAAUUUUGCCCAUCUCUAAUCGACUUGAACUAUACAGGCUGAGGAUAGAGACUCAACCUGUACUGCUUGAUUUUCUCAAAGAUUGAUAUAGUAUAAAGCAGUUUAAAGCACAUUUACAUUUUGCUGCUGCAAGAUUACUACUCCGAGCAAAUGUUUGUAAUACGCAAAAUCAAACUUAUCGUAAUAAAUUGGGGAGCGUGUUCGACAUGUCUGGUGUAAAGUAUUUAAACGCGUGCAUAGAUAUCGCGCUUUGUACAUAAAUCAUACGCAAUUGCAUUUAAUAUGAAUACAACACAUGAUGUUCUAAGAUUAAGUUGUGAAUAAUAAUAUGUUUUUAUAUAUGA